CAAGAAGGCUUUCUUUUGAGGGUACAAUCGCCAUCUUGUGGUGAAAUCCUCUGGCUGAGUAUUGCGACGACUUCCCCUUACCUGCAGCUAUAAAUACACUCCAAAUGUCAAACUUGGGGAACACAAUAUCAGUCUCAGUCUUCUCCUCAAAUUUUGCAAUUCAAUCUCUUCUUCUUCAUCUUGGUCUUCUCCUGAUUCUUCAACUGGGUGAUCUGUUCUCUGUUCAAAGCAUUCUUCAGCUCUAAGUCUGCUGUGAAUCCUCUGUUUUUUAUGCACUUCGUUUUCUGAGUUUUUCUACAAUCUGAGAAAUCAGCCUUUUUCAGCUGGAAAUCUUGUCUUUUUCGCACUCGAUUUCUUCGUUCUCACUCGUAUUUCCUGAGGAAAACAGGAUUAAUUUUCUUUGGUAAUCCUGUACCCUGUAAUUCCUCUGUUUUUCCAUUAAUUGAGGGUUUCAGCAGAACUCUGUUUCGCAAAUGGAAACUAUCCUUCAGAAUCUUCGGCCAGUCACUUGCACCAACCACAACGACAGUGGAAACAUUCCCUCCUCACUCUCGGAGCUCAUUCUGAAAGGUUUCGGCUCCAACACUCUCGACUUGAUCUUCUCGAACUCAAACCGAACAAAUCCAACCACUGAUAACACCCCAGUUCUGGAAACAUUAGGCUCUUCAAUCUAUCUGCUCCACAGAGAUCUUCUGCAAAAGUUUUGUGAUCGGAACAAGUCAAACACGUCUCUGACUCACACCGCUUUGGAACCAGCUUUUCAGUGCCGCGACAACACGAGCACGUGCCUUGUUCCGUCGAAGAAGAAGCUUUACAGAGGAGUGAGGCAGAGGCACUGGGGGAAAUGGGUGGCAGAGAUCAGAUUGCCCCAGAACAGGACUAGAGUGUGGCUAGGAACCUACGAUUCGGCCGAGUCCGCUGCCUACGCGUAUGACCGGGCCGCGUACAAGUUGAGGGGCGAGUACGCACGACUGAAUUUCCCCGAACUGAAGGACUUGAAGGACUCAGGGCUCGCUGACAGCAAAAGGCUGAACGCCGUGAGGAGCUCCGUGGACGCAAAGAUCCACGCGAUAUGCGAGAAGGCAAGGAAGGAGAGAGCGAGGCGGAGCGCGAGGAAGGGCGAGGGGUCGGCAAUGCAGGCCACGUCAUGUUCGUCGUCAUCGUCAUCUUCACUGGGAAGUGAAGUAAUGCUGUCCCCGAGUUGCUCUGAAGAAGAGGACAUGUGGAGGCUUGUUAAUUCUAAUUCGUCCAUCUCAGCCGGUUCGACGGGGCCGGAAUUGGAGGGCGAAGGCUAUUCGCUCGAGAUGAUGCCGUCCUUCGAUGCGGAGUUGAUUUGGGAAAUUCUUGCUAAUUGAAAGGAAGAGUAUUUGCAAUUCUUUUUUCGGGUGAAUCUGUGAUUGAGGAGUGAUCUUGUUCGGUAGAUGAUCUCUGUUAGUUGUGCCAAAUUGUAAAUAGAAGUCUCGGUGUCGCAGCUUAGCUUGUUCCUUUUGUUUUGGAGUACAAAUUGGGAAUUAGCUUUGGUAGGAAGGGAUGUUCUAGAGUCAUAUUAUGAUAUUGGACUGUCUUAUUCAUCAA